AUGGGUAACUAUGAAGUCACAGUUCAUGGUGUCAAAGUCAAGGUAAGUGUUGUCACGGAUGUUCGUUUGAUCGCUGGAAAAAUAUCAGAGCUGAUGAGUUUUAUGGAAAAACGUCGUGUUAUGGGACUUGAUUUUAAGGUUGAUCAAUAUAACCGAGACGUCUACCAGUUGCUUCUUUGUGCUGGAAAUCACUGCUUGAUUAUCCCAGCGAUUUUGAAUGACGGUAAACCCUUGCAUUAUUGUAAAGAACUCAUGCUACUUCUCUCUGAUGACACCAUCUGUUUUGUAGGUGUAGCAAUGAGAUCAAAGGUGAAGCUUUAUAGUAGGAACUUUUUUAUAUGCAAGGCAGGGGUAGAGUUGGGUCAUUUGGUAGCUAGGGUUUUGAAGAAGCCCAAUCUUGAAAUGUGCAGUCAGGUGGUAGUAUUGGGAGGUGAAGUUGGCUUGGAUAUUAAGCCACGGACACCACUAGGGGCAGAGGGGAGUGGUGUUGGGGCUUCUAGUUCUCGGGAACCUAGUUGGAGUGGCAAAGUAGUUUUUUCCGAGGAGGAGGUCAAGUAUGCAAUUCAUGAUGUUUAUGCUUCCUUUCUUAUUGGGAACAAGCUCUUGGGAAUACUUUAA